ACAUUUUAUCGCGAGCUGGAAAUGGCUUUUCACGACAAAACAGCGUGGGAAAAUGGGGAAAAAUGCAAAAUUUUCCCCAACUUUCUCCCCCGUAACUUUCUCUACGCGGGUUGUUUUGGCACCAGCUGGCAGCACUUGUGCUGUCAAAACAAAGAAAAUAAUUUUUUCUGCUGGGGGAAGGGAGAAAAAAUUUUGCAUUUUCUCAGCAUUUUCACGGGCAUUUGUGUGUUUUUGUGUGUUGAUUAUUUGCAAAUUUUUUGGGGCACGCCAUGGAUCGCAACAUGAGGCAAGUGGCUUUCGUGGGGCACACUCGUGGGGGCUCUAAUGUCAACAACAUUUUUAGGCCACGAGACCAUCACAGAGACAAUGCAUUUGCACCUUCCGGACGGCUGGAGCCCCCAAUACGGGAGACCCAUCACGAUGAACUUAUUAAAUACAUUCAAGAGGCUUGGACAAAGGUCAGCGAGCAAGGAGUUCUCUACAAAAGCGUACCUGAAUCUCGUCUUGCAAACUUCACACCAUUUGAUCUCGAAAGCUGGUGGGGCAGGAGGAUGGUGCAGAAUGUCCAGAAGACAUGCCCCCAUCAAUAGGACGACGAUCAAAUUGCAAAUUCCAUCAUUUUGGCAAAAAAGAGAUUUAUUCUUAUGAAUAAGGAAUUAUUUGUAAGGAAAUUCUAUUAAUUCCACUAUAUUCCUCUGUAAGUAGAGAUUUAUAUUUUUUUCUUGCUUAAAUUCAUAAAUGAAAGCAAACAAAAAAAGGUUCUACAAAAAGAAGCUAUAAAAACA